GUUCGUUACACAAGCUGUCGGUAUCACUUCAGAAACGCAGGUUUCAUAUAGAACCUGGUCACCCCUCCGAGAUGAUCUUGAGAUCGAACGCCGGGCUAUCUUCAAUAAGGACGAAAGCCCUUGCAAACGCCGGGCCGACAUCUUGCAACAUGAAGAAGAGUUCGGUGAAGCCCAGGAACGCGAACCAGAGGAAUGCGAAGCAGCGACAUGUGAAAAAGAGGAUCUGGAAGCACUAUAACGCGAAGCAGAGAAACACGAAGCAGAGAAACACGAAGCACGACAACGGGAAGUACGACAACGCGAAAAGGGGGAAUAUCAAAACCUUUACGCGAAGCACAGGAAGUCAUGGUGGGGUUUACAAGAAUGAUAGUUGAACCAUGGCUAAUGGAAAUUCAAGACGAUGCCGAAGAAUGUGAAUUGUCUAGCGAACUAUAGUGGACUCUGAGGAGGAGGUGGGCUCU